UAUUUUAUGAGAAUAUAUAUACCCAUACUAGUGGCAUUUCACUAUAGUCCGAAAUAGAAUUAUCCAAAGAAGGAAGCCAUGGCAGUCAACCAAUCCUUCUUCAAUCUCAUCUUCCUCUUCUCCAUCUUCUCCAUCUUCACCAUCUCUAGAUCUGACGAUGCAGAUUGCGUGUACACGCUCUACGUGAGAACGAGCACGAUCAUCAAAGGCGGCACGGACUCCAAGAUCGGCGCCACCUUCUACGACGCCGCGGGCUACGGAAUCCGCAUCAACGACAUCGAGGCCUGGGGCGGCCUCAUGGGCCCGGGAUACGACUACUUCGAGCGCGGCAACCUCGAUAUCUUCAGCGGCCGCGGCCCCUGCAUCCCGGGCCCCAUCUGCGCCAUGAACCUCACCUCCGACGGCACCGGAUCGGGCCACGGCUGGUACUGCAACUACGUCGAGGCCUCCUCCACCGGCGUCCACGAGGCCUGCUCCCAGAAGUAUUUCGAGGUCGAGCAGUGGCUCGCCACCGACGCCUCGCCUCGUCAGCUCUACGCGUAUCGAGACCUCUGUUCGGAGUCUUCCGGCCGGGCCGGGAUUAUGAAGCGUGGCGUGGAUUUGCCGAGGGUGCAGGUUGUUUGAGUUGUCCCGGGCUUCUUUUGGCCCGGGAUAAGCUUGCGUGGAUUGUAUAUUAAAAUUUAGUUGGAAUAAAAGUGGGAGGAUGGGACUUGACUCAAGUCCCGGGCCGGAUUGUUAUUGGGGACAUAAAGUUGCAACAUUUGUGAGUGUAUAUUGUUACGUUAAGUUGAAUAAUAGAUUAUAAUAAUUGGUUUUUGUUUUCUUA